AUGGCUGUGGCUGUAGCCGAGCUGGUGUCCACCCUGGGGAUAAAUGGCUUCAUACUGGCAGUGAACAUCCUGGACUGGGUGAGGGGAGGCCAGGUGACCUCCUAUGACCUGAUGCUGAGUGGCCUUAGCGGCUCCCAGCUGUGCCGGCAGUGGUUUCUGAUGCUGGAUGCCUUCAUUGCCUCUGGGUACCUGACCAUGUCCCCACUGCAGGUUUGGGCCACCACCGUGCUCUGGCAGCUUACGAGCCAGGCCAGCCUCUGGUUCGCCACCUGUCUCAGCCUCCUCUAUUUCCUGAAGAUCGGCACCUUCACUCACCCUGGCUUCUUGUGGCUGAAAUGCAGGGUGCCCAGGCUGGGGCUGCAGCUGCUGCUGGGCACCUUGCUGGUUUCUGCCAUCUCCACCCUAACCCUGCUGCUGGGGGCCUCCAAGGCAGCACCCUGGGGAGCCUUCUACGGAGAGGUCAGGAACUGCUCGGACCUACCAGACAGCAGAAGGAUAUUGGACUUCUACCUCCCUCUGCUCCUGAGCCUGGAGUCCCUCCCACCCCUGUCCAUCUUUCUGGUCUCCAUUUCCCUGCUGGUCAGCUCCCUGCUAAGACAUGUCAGGCACAUGGGCCACCUCGCCACCGGCCAUGGGGACCCCAGCCCCAAGGCCCACAUCACCGCCACCAAGACUCUGGUGGCCUUCCUCUUCUUCUACCUUCUGUUUGUGAUUGCCAACUUCCUUGUGGUCACUCUGGACUGCCCCAGCAGCUCAGGGGCAUUCUCCACAGGCCUGGUGCUCAUGGGUGCCUGCGCCUCGGGAAACGGAAUUUUCCUGGUCCUGGGUAACAGCAAGCUGAGGAAGGCAGCAGAGGCGCUGGUCACAUGGGCCACCAGGACCCUGCAGAGAUCCUUUGGGGUGGCAGUGGCAGCAGCUCCAUCUGCUGCCUGA